CAGGAGAGUAUAACAACGUGACAGAACUGGAGUGAUGAGUGUUUGAAACGACGACAAAGACAAACAACAUAGCAGGAUUUGAAAUCAAAGACUUCAACUUUCUCUCUGCUCUGUGAAUGCACACAAAUGUCUCGAACCCCAGCAUCCAACAGCAGUGACGUCUCAGAGGAAAACCCAGUAUGCCCUCUACUGCAGAUCAUGAUAGACCACAAGCGCGACAAUGACACAAAUGUCAAUACAGCACUGGUUUUCAUUCACGGUGUGGUCUCCUGCCUUGGGAUUUUGGAGAAUGCCCUGAUCCUCUGGGUGGUGGGCUUCCGUCUGCAGCGCCGCACUGUAGCGUCAGUGUGGGUUCUCAACUUGGCCAUGUCUGACUUCCUGGCAACUCUGACAUUGCCUCUCUUCACUGUCUACCUUUACUUCAACCAAAGCUGGGAGCUACACACCCCACUUUGCAAAAUACAAACUUCCAUUUUCUUCAUCAAUAUGUUUGUAUCGGCCUUCCUGCUGGCAGCCAUUUCUCUGGACCGCUGCCUUUUGGUGGCCAAGCCAGUGUGGAGCCAGAAUCGUAGAUCGGUAGCUGGUGCAUGGAAAGUGUGUGCAUUAGGUUGGCUGUGGGCAGCAGUUAAUACCUUUCCUUACUUCCUAUUCCGCACAGUGACAGAGAGACAGGAUACAAGGAAAUUGUGCUAUCAUAAUUUUGCAAUGUAUUUAACCUCUCAAAAUAUGUUGGAGAGAGACUGCAGAAUAAGGCAAGAAUCAACAGCUAUCUCCAAACUUUUUCUGGCGUUCCUGAUACCCCUGGUGGUAAUUGCAGGGAGUUACAUCCUAAUUGGUUUUAUCCUGAGAAACAGAAGAAGAAGAAGGAAACAGAGCGUCAACAGGCUAACGGAUGUCCUUGUGUCAAAAAAUGAGGCGGUAUCAAAAACUGCAAACAAACCAACAACAAAAAGCACCUCCAUCUCACUGAAGUCUUUAGCCUCUGGUCCAACUCUGUCCCUGACACCAACCUCCUCGUCUCUCCCUACCUCACCCAAUCAAAGCUUCACCAAGAUGGUGACAUUUGUCAUCACUGUGUUUGUAUUAUGCUGGGCCCCCUACCACAUCUUCUGUAUAAUCGAAGUGACGGCCCACUACUGGAGAGAGAAUGCGAACCUGGUGGAGAUAGGCCUGCCUCUAGCCACCACCCUUGCAUUCUUGAACCCAGUGUUGAACCCCAUCCUGUAUGCCUUCAGCUGCCCAGACUUCUCCAUUAGGAUACGACAGAGUCUCGGAGCAGUGUUUGAAGGACUGGUGGAAGAAGGAAGACUAACGGUACCGGGGAAGAGUAUCAGGGCUCACAUGAAGCAUAAGAGCAGUCGAGACAUGUCAAAUGCAACACCAGGGUUGCCGAAGAGGCCAAGUUUGCCUUGCAUUGCAUCAGAUAGCCAACCGCCGUUCAUCGCCUCCCUUGAUGAAAACUCUGAGCAUACUGGACAAAAAUCAAGUGAUGAGGCCAAAUAGAGCUGAGAGCCAAAUUUAUGCAUUUAUUUAAGUUUUUCUAUUGUUAUGUUUCAUGGAUUAAAAUUGGAUUUUAUUAAAUUAAAUUUGAUAUUGUAUUUUCUAUAUUUCUAAUAUAAUCUGGAUGUUGAGUCAUUUUAUUAUAGUGAUAUGAAAAUGUUAUCACAGCAACAUGCUGGAUACACAGGAAAUUUGCUUGAGUAAGAUUUGAAAAAAUUGAAGAAAAUUAUACUCUACUCAGAUAACAUUUGGUCCCUUUCUAAAAAGAGUAAAAGUUACUCUUUUGGUUCCAAACUCAAUAUAGAGCCAAAUUUUACUGUUUUUGAGGAAAAUACUUUUGACUCUGGAAAAAAUGCUGAGUAAUUUUUCCUGUGUAGUAUUUUGGAUAGUAUAUAUAAUAUAUAUUUUUGUUUUGUUUUUCAUGUGUGUAUUAUGUCAUGUAUGUCCCUACUUUUUAUGAUGAUCUUUUUUUGUUUCACAGUAUUAAAAUAUUUUGCACUAGACUGAAUGGCUUUAUCCUGAAUUGUAUCUUUUUUUUAAUGUAAAAUUAAAAUCCAUGUAGUAUAAACAGGAGAUAUUUGCUAGGUCGGGUUAGUAUAGUUUUCUCUCACUUUGCUUACAUUUUCCUUACAUAGCAGUCAUUUUGUAGAACGUACUCCUAUUCCUAUUCCUUAUAAAACCAUCCGAUGUCAUUCAUCUCAUUUGACUCAAUAUCUUUUACUUCGGUGAAAGGUGUUUCUCCUCACGAGACUGUGAAUAUGAAUAUAAAAGAAAGUCCAAGAAAGCCCCAACAUUUCCAAGGAAUCACAAUAAAGAGGAAAGAAAUGACAAAUAUGGUCUUGCUGCAGCAUGUCAUUGAGUACACUCAUUCUGCUGUGUUUUUUUGGGGAAAUACAAUAAACAAAUAGUUUUGUAUAUUCAGGCUUCUUGGAAUAAAGGAGGGAAAACUCCUGCCUCUGGCAUUUAGGUAAAUAGAACUGAAACAUGUGUACACAUCUAAGUGGCUUAAGUCAUCACAUUGUCCAAUCAGAUGACAAAAUCCCCUCUCUGAAGUCACAUUAGACAAGAAUACAAUCUAAAUACUGUAUGUUCUUUUUUUUUUUUUUUUUUUUAACAGUGUUAUCAUUUCCAGUUCCUAAAAAAGGGGGUGAGGUAUUUCUAUCUAUAUUUCUAUUUCUUUUAUUUUUAGUCUAUCUAACUGCUGGAGGAUGUAUGGAUAAGUGUCAUAAUAGAUUGUCCUCAAGAAGCAGAGAAGUGAGACAAGGGGCAUCAUGCAAUUUUUGUUCUUAUCUUAGGUUUCUCUCACUUUUUUAGUGAAAUGUGCUCCUAUAAGCUGCCACAACAGAUUCAGCAAUUGUUUGUAACUUCAGAAAACUGUGUAUAAUCAUGUCAUCUCUGUCACCUGCUGUGUCAUGUGA